UCCGCCUGACGAGGGGGAGGAUGUUUUUCGUUGCCGUGUUGGUAAGGAGACAGUAUGAUUCGAUGCGCUGCUUUCAAUCUGGCGUUGUGAUGUGGUGUUUAAGAUAAUAGGCAAAGCGCAUCAAACCCAAGUGAGCGUCCGGUUUUUAUGUACUUCACACUCCGCCUCCCUCCUCUUGCCGGUGCCCAGGAAGGGGAAGUGAUGUGCAUCCGGUGUAAUGGCGCCGCGGUGGAGCUCUAGGUGUGUGUAUCUGACAGACCCCAGCCUUCCAGUUCCGACAGAUCCAGUUCUGGGAUAGGCAUCCUCCAGAAAAGAAGGAGCUGUAUUGGCUACUCACAGGGUCCAUCAUAGCUUCCUAUUAUUAAGGAAUUACUAGCAUGCUGCAGAGAUGGAGGGAGUGCCUCGGGGGCUCGGGGUCCGCUCCGGGCUGGAGAGGAGGACUGCUGUUGGUGAUGUUUGCAGAUAGAAAAAGUAAACUGUCAAGGAAUUCAGCCCAUUGGUCACUUGUUGUUUGGACCGACUUGAAGAAUCUUUGAUUUAUUGGACCAGCAGGCUACAAAAUGAAAAGUAGUGUGGCACAGAUAAAAUACUCAUCUGGUCAUGACAGAAGGGACAACUAUAAUUCAUAUCAGAGGUCCUCCUCUCCAGAAGACAGAUAUGCAGAACACGAAAGAUCCCCCCGGGAUAGAGACUACUUUGACUAUAACAGGUCAGACCAUGAGCGUUCAAGAAGAGGACGUUCUUAUGAUGAUAGCACGGAGUCACGAAGCAGGGAGCGAGAAAAACGCAAAGAAAGAGACACAGAUCGGACAGAUCGGACAGAUCGGAAAAGGUCCCGGAGAUCCCCAGCUCCUGGGAGACGAAGCCCAGAGCCCUCCGUCACUCAGAGUUCCUCUGCUCAAGAUGAACCUGUUACAAAGAAGAAGAAAGAUGAGCUGGAUCCUCUCCUCACUCGCACUGGUGGAGCGUAUAUUCCUCCUGCAAAGCUGAGGAUGAUGCAGGAGCAGAUUACAGAUAAAAACAGCUUAGCUUACCAGAGGAUGAGCUGGGAGGCCCUAAAGAAGUCAAUCAAUGGUCUUAUCAACAAAGUCAACAUUUCCAAUAUAAGUAUUAUUAUUCAAGAGCUUCUUCAAGAAAAUAUAGUUAGAGGAAGAGGACUGCUGUCUAGGUCUGUUUUGCAAGCACAGAGUGCUUCUCCUAUCUUCACCCACGUUUAUGCAGCAUUAGUGGCAAUUAUCAACUCAAAAUUUCCACAAAUUGGAGAAUUAAUCCUCAAGAGGUUAAUUCUUAAUUUCCGAAAAGGCUAUCGAAGAAAUGACAAGCAACUUUGUCUGACUGCUUCAAAGUUUGUGGCACAUCUUAUUAACCAAAAUGUGGCACAUGAAGUUUUAUGCUUGGAAAUGCUUACUUUGCUGCUUGAAAGACCAACAGAUGAUAGUGUUGAAGUAGCAAUUGGUUUUCUCAAGGAAUGUGGCCUCAAGUUGACACAAGUGUCACCAAGAGGAAUCAACGCUAUAUUUGAACGCCUUCGAAACAUUCUGCAUGAGUCUGAGAUUGACAAAAGAGUUCAGUAUAUGAUUGAAGUGAUGUUUGCUGUACGGAAGGAUGGGUUCAAGGACCACCCUGUUAUACUAGAUGGACUGGACUUAGUGGAAGAGGAUGACCAGUUCACCCACAUGCUCCCUCUGGAGGACGACUAUAAUCCAGAGGAUGUUCUUAAUGUUUUCAAGAUGGAUCCUAAUUUUAUGGAGAAUGAAGAAAAGUACAAAGCUAUUAAGAAGGAAAUUCUAGAUGAAGGAGACAGUGACUCAAACACAGACCAAGAUGCAGGAAGCAGUGAAGAAGAGGAGGAAGAAGAGGAGGAAGAAGGAGAAGAAGAUGAAGAAGGACAAAAAGUGACCAUUCAUGACAAAACAGAAAUUAAUCUCGUCUCAUUCCGUCGUACAAUAUAUCUUGCAAUUCAGUCAAGUUUAGAUUUUGAAGAGUGUGCUCACAAAUUACUGAAAAUGGAGUUUCCCGAAAGCCAAACAAAAGAACUCUGCAACAUGAUAUUAGAUUGCUGUGCUCAACAAAGAACAUAUGAGAAAUUUUUUGGCUUACUAGCAGGACGAUUUUGCAUGCUAAAAAAAGAAUACAUGGAAUCCUUUGAAAGUAUAUUCAAAGAACAGUAUGAUACCAUCCAUCGCUUGGAAACAAACAAAUUGAGAAAUGUUGCUAAGAUGUUUGCUCACCUUUUAUACACUGAUUCACUUCCAUGGAGUGUUCUUGAAUGUAUAAAACUGAGUGAAGAAACCACUACAUCAUCCAGUAGAAUUUUUGUCAAAAUAUUUUUCCAAGAACUGUGUGAAUACAUGGGUCUUCCCAAACUUAAUGCAAGAUUAAAGGAUGAAACCCUACAGCCGUUCUUUGAAGGGUUGUUACCCCGAGAUAAUCCAAGAAACACUCGAUUUGCCAUCAACUUCUUUACUUCUAUAGGUCUCGGAGGUUUAACGGAUGAAUUGCGUGAGCAUCUCAAAAACACACCGAAAGUCAUAGUGGCUCAGAAACCAGAUGUUGAACCAAAUAAGUCCUCCCUGUCGUCUUCGUCAUCAGCAUCCUCCUCGUCGGAGUCCGACUCCUCUGACUCUGACUCUGACUCUGACAGCAGUGAUAGCAGUUCAGGGUCCUCCAGUGAGGAGAGCGAUUCUUCAUCCUCCGGGAGUCACAGCUCCGCCUCAGCUAAAGACAUAAGAAAGAAAGGACAAGGGAAGACCAGAAGAAAAGAAGUAAAUAAAUUGAUCAGGAGCCAACAUACAAAUGACAGGAAGCAAGAAGAAGGAAGACAAGGACAAAGGCACCAAGAAACAAGGUCUGAGAGAGAAAGAAGAUCAGAAAAACACAGAGAUCAAAAUUCAAGAGAUCCAAAUUGGAGAGAUCCCAUAACAAAGUACACAUCAGACAGAGGUGUUCCUCCUGAACGAAAUAGUUAUGGUAGAAAUGGGAAUGACAGAGACCAAGAAAUUCAUAUGGAUUUGGAAAAGAGGCAUAGUGAUCCCAAAAAGAAGAGAGGAGAGAGGAGAAAUUCUGUUUCCGAAAGUGAGAAACACAGACACCAAAAUAAGGACAGUGAACAUUUCAGAAGAAAAGAUAGAUCAAAGUCAAGGGAAAAGAAUAAAAAACACUCAGGUUCUAGAAGUGAUGAAGAUAGGUAUCAAAAUGGUGCUGAAAGACAAUGGGAAAAAUCUAGCAGAUACUCUGAACAUUCCAGAGAAUCCAGGAAAAAUCAGGAACGGCGGAGAGAGAAGUCUCCAACGAAACAAAAAUAAUUCUACAGAAUUAUAUAAACUGAACAUGCCUUAUAUUCAAUUGAAAAGAAGUAUUUUUACAUUGAUUGACAAACUUUAUACAGAAUUCUUAUACAAAAUACUAGUUUGUAAAUUUUAAGAAUUUUUUUUCAUUUCAACAUGUUUUAUAGUUUAUACAUCUCAAGGCCUUUUACUUAAAAUUAUUUGGAGAGAAAACUUUCAACUGAAAGGGGCUGUAAAUCUUGCUUCUAUUUUGUGAAUAAAAUGAUCCAAUGGUAAUUGAAUUGGUGAUUUUUUUUAUGGACAAAAUAUUUUCCCCAAAUUAAUGAUUUUAGUUGUUUACAAAGGUAUUAUAAUGAAUUAUUAUAGCUUCUUAUUUGUAACUGAAUACCAAAAUAGACAAACCCUUUCAAGUUUCAUAUUAUGUCUUGAACAAAAUAGGUAAGGUGUAAUUUUUUCCACGAGUGUUUUGGUGAAGCUAGUUGAAUUUUAUUAGUCUUUAAACUGAUGUAUAGCUCUCAUUAUCUACAAUGAGGACUUCUCUGUUGGGUAACAUUUCUUCUUUGGAUGGCUAUAAAGUGUUAAACUUGUGAUUAGUUCUUUUUCUCAGCCUUAAAGCUGUAUCACUGUUGGUGAAUAAAUGUGUAUUUAAUUUUUAAUUUAGAUUAGUAGGUCAUUGGGAAACGUAUAGUCAUGAGAUACGCAAACAGCCUAACUGAAAUAAUUCCACUGUUAGAAGAAUUUUAAGUAUUUCCAUUAUUGUAACUUUCAUCAGUGAAUAUGUGACCAUGUUAUUUAUUGCUUUUGAAAUAUUACCUCUGAGAUCUUAGAUUUACUGACACAUAUUAAACCCUACUUAUGAAAUAGAUUUCUUGUGCUUGCUUGUUUUGCAAGGAGAUUAACAGUCCAUCUUAGCCAAUGUCUAGUUUCAAGAUGUGUGAAAUUAAACUAUCUUAGUGUUUAACUUUCAGGCAUACUCUGAUUCAAAGUGUUUUCUGUUUUGGUUUAAAAACUUGAGUAUCAGUAUAGACUCCUUAUAAAUAAAUAUUAUGUGCCCACCACCAAAAAAAUAUUCAUUAAAUAUAAUAGCUUGGAAAACUUCUCUAUAGUGUUUUCUAGAACUGCAGUUGUUAGAAGCUGAUGUCAUUAGAAGGGGCUAUCAUAAGGUUAGCACAUUUCGUGGAACUAUUAGCCUAGCCCAUAGGCUAUGACUCCUAAAGGAAACAAGCAAGAAUUUAUUUUUUUGCUUGAACCUUGCAUGAUCUUUAGAGGUCAUAAGAAAGAAAAAACAAAAACAAAAGCAAUAGACUUACGAUGUGUGUAUCCUUUGAGCUAAAGUAACUGCUUCAUAUACAACUUGUUUCACAUUUCUCAGAUUUGUGAUGAGAGGAAAAAAUAUUUUGUAUCUGUGAUAGCUGUGAGUGAACUUUGGAUUCUUGCCUUCAAUACUUGGUUCACAGUUUUCUGUUUAUCUUGACUGGUACAUUUCUCCUCAUUUCACAGCAGCUUCCAUGCAUCAGGAUUGCUUAGAACCCUGAUCUGUUUUCUGAUCCAGGUAUCACUUUUACCAGUGUACUUACUGUGGCAUGGAUAUAUUGGCUUGAAUGUUCCCCAAAAGCGUGUGUGUUUUAGGCUUGGUCCUCAAAUUCUUAUGUUAAUGGUACUAAGAAGGUAGAAACUUAAUAAUCCAAACAUGGUGUUUAGAUGUGCUGCCUUCUUGUAGUGACUGCAUUGGAUUAGUUUGAAUGGAGCCUGCAUGAUUGAGUUGUGGUGGCUUUAUAAGGAGAGACACAGAUACAUGUGGCCACUCUUGCCAUGUGAUGCUAUGUAUCCCUCUGGACUCUGCCAGCAAGAAUAUUAUCACCAUAUGUUGAACAAAUGGAAUCUCCCAGUCUUAGUCUGUGAAUCUCCAAAACUG